GAAGGAACCUUCUGAAGGGAGGAGGGAAGUAGGGAAGGUUUAGAGAGGGUGGACGCAGCCUGGGGGGAAUGGGCAGGCGGUACCAAUGGUUAAUUGUAUUUUGUAUGAAUAAAUGGAAAAUAAAAACUUUUUAAUAAUAAAAAGCCAAAGGAACCUUCUGCACCAUUGAGAACAUCUCUCAAACUCAACCCAAGACAGCCAAGCAACAGACUUCAGAAACCGGUGGCUACGUUGAGGAACAUUAUGGAGAAGAAGCAUCCGUGGGUUUGUACAGUCUUCCUUGUGGUCUUCUGCAUUCCAGGGAUCUUGACCAACACAAAUUUGGAAGGAAAGGGCUUUGUGUUCCCCAAGCCUUCUGCUGACUCCUACGUUCUCCUGAAGCCCAACCUCGAUCAAGACUUGAGAGAGUUGACCCUUUGUCUCCGCUUCUUCACCGACUUGACCCGCAGCUUCUCCCUCUUCUCGGCCGCUUCCCGAGAACAUGACAAUGAGAUCCUGCUCUUCCAAAAACCCCAGAGUUUUGAUGUGUGUGUGGGUGUGGAGUGCGCCAAUUUCCCCUUCCCCAGAUUUCUAGAAAGAUCACCCUUCCAGUGGGAAUCGGUUUGUGCCACGUGGGAUUCGGCUACCGGGAUAGUCCAGCUCUGGCUGGACGGGAAGCGCCUCCCGAGGAAAGGGAUAGCGAAGGGCUACGAGGUCAAGGCGGAUCUGAUGGUGAUGCUGGGUCAGGACCAAGAUUCCUACGGGGGCAAAUUAGACGUGGCACAGUCCUUUGUGGGAGAAAUGGCUGAGGUCUACCUCUGGGAUAAAGUCCUACCUCUACAGGAGUUCGACAACUUCCAGACCCCGGUGACCCCAAACCCAUUGGUGGACUGGACCUCGCUGAAUUUUGAAAUCCGAGGCUACGUGUUGACGGAGCCCCUGUGAAGCCUUCCGUCAAAGAGGAGACGGAGGAACCAUCUUGAGAAGUUCUCACUGUCUUCAGCGUUCCUCCGUCUUGGCCAUUUGAAGAUGUGUUGACUUCAAGCCGCAGAAAUCCCCACCGAGCAUGGCUGGCUGGGGAAUUCUGGGAAUUGAACUCCACGCAUCUUCAAGUGGUUGAACACCCCUGCUUUCAAAGCUUUUUAAACAACCAAAUAGCUUUGCAGCAUUGAAGGGGUCAUCUAUAUAAGCCACCCUAUAUAAGCCGAAAAGAAUUUGUUUGCAGUUUUAAAGUACUUAUUUACAAGGAUGCAUGCUUGUUGAGUUCCUUAUUGUUGAAAAUAGAUUAAUCCUUGUAAUCAUUAUAGUGGGGAAAAUCCCUCGUUGUAUCCCUUCAUUUCCCUUCAGUGCAAUGGAAAAAAUGUUAACAUUAAUAUUGUUAAUGUUUGUAAUCUGUGUUCUCCUGUGUUUGUAAUCUUUAUUGGAACUUUGAAGCUUCAUACAUUUUGUUGUGCUUGGAUAUGUGGGGUGCAUUUAUAGUAAGUUUUCAAUUGCAGUAUAGGAAUUAUUUUUCCAUAGAGAUUUGUAAUCAUUGUGAUUUUUCACUCUCAUAAAAACUUUAUGAAUUUUCUCUCUCUCUCCGUGUCUAUGUGUGUGUUUUAAAUCUCACUGAGUUUUCUUGGUAGCAUUGUUAUCCAGGUGAAUAUUUGUUGAAAGGACAGACAAUCCUGCUUUUAACUAUUUCUGCUUCCCCCCCCCCCAAUUCUGUGCCAAAUGGAUCAGUCUCAAUUCUUCCUGUUUAUUGCGGAAAUCUGCAAGAAAUAAAUUGUAUAUUUUUUCUGCCUUUGUUGUUGGGUGGAUGGGCAUCCAGACAUAUUUUAUGUAACCCCGUCACUGCGCAUUCUGAACCUAUGUAAACAAUGUACAAUCUGUCCUAUGAGAUUUUCUGUAAUAAAAAGGUCUGUGUUCUUA